CCUUCAGAUGCUCAGACCAACAAUCCGCUUUCUAGUUGUCUCCUGCCCCUGUUCAACUCAUUUCGAAUUUCUGUUUGCGGUAGUCUCGCCUCCACUUUUGACACGGUAAACAUGUGGAAGAAAAGAUGUAUCGUCUACUGAAAAAUGAUGGAGCACAUUGGACCUUAAAGGGAGAUAGUAUAAGAUUGAUUAAAAAUCAGCAAUCCAAACGGGCCCACGAGGGAAAAAUCAGAAUCCAAGUGGCCGAAUCGAUAACUAAAUUGGUCCAAAAUAUUUCCGGCCUUUUUAAUUUUGGAAACCGAGGGAACAUUUUUAAUCUUCAUCUGGAGAAUUGCUUCAAUGGCAACAUCUGCUGUACGUUUUGGUGCGUUGGUGACUCUUGAGGAGCUAGUUCCCUCCUCCCCACAAUUCACGCAAGGAGCAUCGCUUCGAGUUACUGGAAAGCUACAGGAGUAUGACAUAGAGACUGCAAUUGCGUCAAUUGUCGAAGGCAAUGCUUCCUUAAAGAUUGACACGCAACAUUUGAAGGUCAAUCUUCGCAUAGGUUCCUUGUACCAGUUCAUUGGAGAACUGCUUAUUGACCCCAGCAAUCAGGCAAUUUUGAGGGCGCGAGUGGGUAGGAAUGUAGAUGGCAUGGAUCUUAAUCUCUAUCAUCAGUCUCUGCAGCUCUUGAGAGACUUUCAAGCUGAGCAGAUGAAUAGCACGACGUCUUAGGGAUGAUAACAUGGUCUUACCAGAAGUCUAGUCCAUGGUCAAUACUGCUAUACCAAGCAUUGCUUUAUAGUUGACCAUCAUGUUCAGGAACUGCCAGCAUCUCUGAUAAGUUGUGAGCAGAAAAAGGUGUUGAGUUGGCAGUGAGGCUCAAUUGCUGAUCUUUGUUAAUCACAUCUCUUAUUUGUUUGGAAUGAUUGAUUGGCUAAGCAUGCCAAAUGUUUGUUUGAGUUUGAUAUCACUUACAGCAAUAUAGACUUAACAAUUGCAGUUGGUUUGAUGUAUGAUAAAUUCUACUGGGUGGAUUCCUAUAUCCUGCCAUGAGGAGCUUUAAGAUGUCUUCAACUUAAAACGCUCCCCAAGUUUGUUUACAAUAGCUGUAAAAGUUGUGCAAGAUUUGUCAC